AUGGACCGUGGCGCUUCGCCACGAACGGGAGAUGUCGGGAGCGGGCCCGGCGGGACCAAAGAUGCGCACAAGAAGGCCUUGGGGCCCCAAGACGGCGGCGGCGGUCCGUCGACGGUAAUUGCUUUGGGUGGAAACGGGUCGGGCUCGUCAUAUCCGACGAAGCCCGUCGAUCUAGAUGCUGAUACGAAGAAACGUUACCGUCCACGCCAUUUCAAACGUGUGAAAGAACGCCGCAACCGACGUAAGCGUGAUCAAGAUGAACGCCUUUUCAUCAAAGGUCUGAAGGCGAAGGCUACCAACGAAGAGCCGAAUCGGAAAGAACGUCGCGAGGGUGUUCAGGGUUUUAAACCGCCCAAAAAAACAGUAAAAUUGAGCGUUCCGCCGCCCAAGACCGUGAUCGUAGAUGAUGGCUCAAACAAGUUUGGCUCUCUUCGUGUGGAAAGCGAAGUCCCCUCUCUUAUUUCUAAGACCACAACCAUCUCUACCACUACAUCUGUCGAGGAAGACGUUUAUUGGUCGCCAUGCGAAUCUACCGAUAAACCAGUUAUUUCCUACAAAGUAGAAGAUCUUGAUCCAAAGGAUGAACGUGACUCUAAGAUUUGCAACGUCGUGCUGCGCGGUAAUCACUAUAUUAAUAAACAAGAGCGUCGCACGACCUUCGUGGGGGCUCUGAAGACGCACUUCGACGCGCAUAAGUCUGGUGAUGACGGCCUGUCGAAGAAAGAGGUGAACGCCGCGCUCAAGUCCUUUGCCAAGAAAGAUAGAACGGGCAAGUUCCGGAAGCUCGAGGAGCUCGAGGCGCUGUUUGGAGACAUGGAUCUGAACGGCGCGGGCCGCGUGUCCUACGACGAGCUGACGGACUUCAUCGACGACAUCGACGCCGACGACAUCGGCGCCGGCCGCAAUCACCGCGGGAAGGGUGCCGGUGGUAUCAAAACGAUUUACCUAAAAGAAGAUCGUGUUCCUAAAUUAGAUUACAUUUACCGUGAAGACCUACAAGUGACUUAUUCUCUAAAAUUAGGACGGUUGAAACUGCGGUUGAAACUGCGAUAUAUAAUUCAGCAAUUGGCCUUCCGUCGUCAACACAAGGUGUCAUUGAAGGUGACCCACCUGAUGGCUGAGACCUUCAAACACAACUUGAUGUUCCUAAACAACAUUCCUAACAAAGAUGUGGUGGUGUCUCAUGGGCUUCUGGCGCUGCCUUCUACUUCCGCCUUCGACGGCGCGGCGACUGCUGCGCCCGGCGAGGCGUCCUUCGAGGGCCAGCACGCGGCACUUGCGGCGCUGGGCCAGGCCGUGCUCGCGGCGCUGGGCGUGGCGUUCUUCCAGGGCUCGACUCCUAUCGAUGUCGUCGGGGGCUACGUUUUCUCGCUGGACGUCCUCGGCGACGCGCUAUCUCUGGACGUGCUGACGAACUCAAAUGUGCUUCACAAGACGGGCUUCAUGGGCGCGGCGCCCACGGUGGUCUUCUUGGGUGGUUCGGAGGGACUCAACGCCCUCUUGCUGGACGCGUCGGCGGCCGCGGCGCUCGACGGCGUGUUCAAGGGCCUCUUCGGCGUCGCUGCGCUUCGCGGGCAACCGGUAGUCGUGGGCGCGGCGCCGGACGUGCCAUGGUAUAAUUCUUCGGACGGCCUAGACGUCUUCUCGGGAAACCUCUGCCAGCGGGCUGGCGGCGCGCGGCUCGUGGGCGCGUUGACGGAUUCAUUAGAUGGGCUACGGACGGCGAGCCUCGCGGUGGCGGUCGCGGACGCGGCGUGCGUCCAGGGCUCGGCUUCGCUCGACGUCGCGUUGUGUCAGAACUCGCCGCGGGCCGUCGCGCGGCUCGUGGGCGCGCUCACGGAUUCACUAGAUGGGCUACGGAAGGCGGGCCUCGCGGCGGCGGUCGCGGACGCGGCGUGCGUCCAGGGCUCGGCUUCGCUCGACGUCGCGUUGUGUCAGAACUCGCCGCGGGCCGUCGCGCGGCUCGUGGGCGCGUUGACGGAUUCAUUAGAUGGGCUACGGAAGGCGGGCCUCGCGGCGGCGGUCGCGGACGCGGCGUGCGUCCAGGGCUCGGCUUCGCUCGACGUCGCGUUGUGUCAGAACUCGCCGCGGGCCGUCGCGCGGCUCGUGGGCGCGUUGACGGAUUCACUAGAUGGGCUACGGAAGGCGGGCCUCGCGGCGGCGGUCGCGGACGCGGCGUGCGUCCAGGACCCGGAGGCAGUCUUGUCCGACAAACCCUUGUUAGCGGAGGCCAUGGAGGAAGAUCGACUCGAUAGUAUGAAAGAGCAAAAAGUGAUACAAAUAUUGGUCAUGACCGCCUCGGGCGCGAUGCCCUCUGUUUUUGUGAAGCCGUGGGCGACUGUCGGUGACCUCAUGCUCGUGAUCCAGCAGAUGAUGGAUGUUCCCCUGUCAAAAUAUCAGCAUCUGCAGUCCAUCGGCGGCAGACCGAUGCAAAACGCAGCUUUGCUCCAGCACUACGACAUCCAGAAUAAUUCUACUGUGGUUUUGUCGGAGCCCUGGCCUGGGCAUCUUCUAGGAGGCUCGUUGUUGUCGUUGAAAGAGCUCAUUGACAAGGGCAGCCUAAACGUGGGCGACAUCAUCGUCUUCAGGGAACACAAUCACCAAGAGGAAGGCGAACUGCUCGAGAACGGUUGGAUCAGGCACGAGGGCACAGUCUACAAGUCGGCGAGUGCGUUCGUGGGGGCGAUGCGCGGGAAACCUUCAAGCGGAUAUGACUUUCUCUAUACGGCUACCGGUACGCCGAUCCAGUCGCUCCGCAGCGACCCCUCCGACAGUAGCUCGAACGGCGACGACUUGCGCAGCGACUCGAACAGCGACGACGAGGCGCCCCCGCAGCCGCCUGGGGACCAGCAGCUCGCGGGCCGGCGGCGGCGCCAGCCAACCGAGCGCUUUGAUCAUCAAACGCAAGUGGGCCAGUAUUAUGUGAAGCGUGGGUCCGCUGUGGGUGGCGCAGACGACGGUGACGACGACGUGGUCAUGGAGGACGAUGACGAGCAGUCCCAGCUGCAACAAGCUCUGAAAAUGUCCAUGCAACCUAUGGGAGAGGGAUUUGUGGAGGAGACGACCGCGCCGACGCUGCCAGCGACGCCGGGCGCGGCGCCGGACCACGCGCGGCCCGGCGGCGUACCGCCACCACCUUCUCUCCCACCGGCGAAGCGCUCGCUCCAACCCGCUUCGCCGACCUCCGGGAAUGUCAAAGUGUUCUUCGACGACAACUUCCUGCCUAGCGAGUCCGUUUUACAGGGACUGAGGAACGCGGGCGUCAGGAUAGUGGGUCGGCCGCGCGACGCUACGCAUAUCGUGUGCGAGGAGCCGCUACGACUUUCGCUUACUUUUACCGCUGCCAGCUGCGUCGUGGACCAUGCAGUGACGCACGAGUGGGUAGAGGCUACCAUCGAGGCCGGUCGCCCCCUAGAGGCGACGAACUACGUUGUGGACAGCCACGAGCUCGAACAAGAUGUUGGAUUUAAUCUCGCCGAUAAUUUGAGGCGGAACCGUGAGGCGGUGGACCGCUCGGAAUUACGCCUGCUUCAGGACAAGGUCGUGUGUGUAGAUCCGGACUUUCAGUGGCGACGUGAUCUAUUGGAUGAUUUGCAGGAGAUGAUCGACUGCUCUGACGCGAUGCGGCUCGAAUUUAGUGAUGUGGUCGACUUAGACGGCACCCUACCGCAAGAAGGAGCCAUCAUCAUCUGUAAAGACGACAGUGGGCUAGUAGAUGAGGCGAUUGUGGACGAUAUCGCGUCCCCAACCACUGUAGUAAAGUACUGGGAUCUCUGUGAGUACCUUCUGAGGAGGGCGUACCCCUGGGACGAGGCUACUGGGGAUGCGCAAGCCCCGGGCCAGCCACCGGCGCAUGCUCCUCCUAGAGAUGUAGAGGACUGGCGCUCUUUGAUGGGCGCUACGGUUGUAACACCUGAAGGCAGCAAUGGGCGCUGUGUUGCGCUCCACGUGGACUCAUCCUCCGAAGAAGAUCGGGAGCUCAGCGAAUUAAGAUGGGAGGCAGGAGGUUUCAUAGAAGAAGGUUUGCUUCGUAGAAAUGUUGGAUUCGUCGAGUUCGAGGCCGUGUCGCCCAGCGAUGGCUUGCCCCACGUCUUGCGCUGGGAUGGUGCACCGAAGCCUAAUGUGAGGGGGACGUUCGACGUGGUUUUCGCCGACGGCACUCCAGCGACCGUCGAUCGUAUUAUGACCUGGCUCAGACCUGACCAGUGGAGCUCUUUAUCUCGGUUGCCGGAUGGGUGCUGGUGCCGCCCUCUAGCGAGGGAGCCCCAGGAUGAAUGGGGACGGAUCGUGGGGACCCUGAGGUCGCCCGAUCCAGGUCUACUUUAUGAGGUUCGCAUGCAAAACGAGGAACGAUCUAUUAGUGUGAUGGAGAGCUCACUGGUUCCCAUCGUCCUGGUCCGAGAUACUACCGGGCAUUUGUCGCCCUACGCCGUGUCGGCGCUACGGCGCCCCGCUUCGCAAGGGGCUGAUGGCGGGGACGUCCAAACUGGCGGAGAUCCGAGUCCGCCACCGGCUCCACCUGCUCCGCGGGAGGCACUGCCAGAGGAAGCUGGCAAUUGGCCAAAAGCUUUCAUUGAACUGCUGCGCGAGAAGAAGGUGAAGUGCAAAUUUAAGAGUCCGAAUCCCAAGCGCGGAGCAAGUGCUGCUCGCUAUGAUGGGUAUAUGCGCGCCACCAAUAUCGGGGAUUAUUACGACAUCUUCCGCGGCAACAUGAGUGAUCUGCGGAACGAUAUCACUAAGGGCUACUGCCAGCUCGACAAAUCGGAGCGCGACGACGCGUGGCUCGAGUACUUGGAGUCGGGCGAGGACUUACAGUCGAAGGCCGAGAAGCCGAAGGCCAAGAAGCCGAAGGCCAAGCCCGCCGCUAAAUCGGGCGCCGGCGCCGAGGACACUACUGAUGAGGACAUGUUUGGCACAAAUACGACCCCUCCGGCAGAGCCCCUCGUACUGCCACCUGACUGGAACGAGAGCAAGCAGCGGGCCAAGGACCCUGAGUUGGAAGCAGCGGUGUGUGCGCUGGGCGCCGCCCUCACGGGCAAGACGAGCUUUACUAAGGAAUGGGACCUACUCUUGAAGCAUCGCUGUUAUUGUUUUUAUAUUCACGAGGACGAUCCAGCUAAUAAAGCAGUGAAGAACCUCGAAGUGCCGAUCGGUUGGCCGUCAUACAAGGAGUUCAGCAAGAGCCCCAAGAAGAAUAAACCUUCCAGCCUGAGGUUGUUGCGCCAAUACCUCAAGUAUGCACUGCAACUCGCGAAGGAAGGCGACAAAUACUGCCUAGACGACGAGCAGAGCGAAAGCAAUCGCUUUUGGCCGGAGGAGCGGGAGAAAUUUCACGGGGCCAUGGCGACGCUCAACAUAAAUCGGAGUGGGCGCGGCUUAUCGAGGGAGGACUGCCGCCGGAUCGCGGAGCACCUACCCAACAAAACACCUCAGCAGGUCCAUGCGCACGCUUGUUCUUACUUCAGCUCCUUCGAUGCGGAAGCGCAAGCUAUUGAAAAGCUCACUAGUACUGGCGACUCCUACGUGAAGUCCGUCUUGGGCACGGACACCAUCAACACGUCUGAGCUCCUCUUCUGCAUCAUCUCCACAGGCCGGUGGAUCGAUGCCAAAUUCAUUGAAUUGAGACUGUCAAAAGCUGGCCUAGAAGCGUCACAAAUACUGUGGGUUGUGGGCACCCCGGAAGAAGUGGCCAAGUACAAGUCGCAAUGCUCUGGUGAAGUAGUAGUAGGAGGCGGUCUCUCUGCGUCGAGAAACAAAGCUCUAGAAACGGCCCGAGCCCGCAACCGCGUGUGCGUGCAACUGAGGGACAGUGUUUGGAAGUGCGUGGUAAUACAGGAGGGGCCUGAGGAGGGCGGGUCGCUAGCUGAUUUCUACAACAAGAACGGUCUGUGGAAAGAGCCACCGAGUCUGGAGGCGGCCAAUACCACGGGCUCGAAGAACGUGGAGGUGACACUCGUGGCCGCGGCCUUGUUGUUGCACGAUUUGAUGAAAGCGAGGGACAAACGCUUGGCGGGCUGCUUCCCUGUCCCGAACAAGGGCUUCGCCGCAAGCAAGGAACCGGUGCAGCAGCGGGAACUUGUUGAUGAAAGGCUGUUGGUAAUCGACCCGGAGGGCACCAAAUUUGACGAAUCAUUGAAUUUCAGGGAGGUCGACGAGUUCACGGCGCAGCACAUCCACAAGUACGACGGGAUUUAUAGAUCAAACCGCGUGCUGUGUGUGGGACAAGGCCGCAAGGGGAAGACCUGGGUCACCCCGGAAGGACCUAGUGAAGAGGAUAAACAGAACGCCAUCGAUUCACUGCUCAAUAAGCAUCGCGACUUGUUCCGUGAGAGGAUCAUCCACAAUAGAACAACACGCCCGCACGAUAGGUAUGUGUUGAGUUGGGAACAGGACGCCUCUUCGGAGCCGAAGGACCAAAAUGAGACCAUGGAGGACGUGCAGCCCGGCGAGCAGACCGUACUGUCUACACAACUACCGUUCGACGCCGGGUCUUUGGCGGCCCUGGAAUGUCCGUCGGUACCUAUGCGAGAACUGACCCCAGAGGACAAAUUUAUACGCUUCGCGUUUCUGGCGCGCGAGACGGUCGAGUGUGAGAACGGUAGAGAAAGCAAGGCUGCCCUGAUUGUACCACACGAAGCGGGGAAAGAACACGAACCCCAUAAGGGUCAGCUUCGCGUGCUCGCUCAGUUAGUGAAAGGUAGGUUCACCCACAAGGUGAAGUUCGCAUCACGUGCUUCUAAAAAGCUUACUAUUUUGGGCGAGGACGAUUAUGGCUUCGAAUUUAAACCGACGGAGGCGCCUGCGAUGUACAGAGAUACGGAGUGCAUUUUUGUGCUGGAUCCCAGGGCCAAGGGUAGUUCUUUCAUACCCCGAUGUGCCCAUGCGAAAGGUUUUGUCACACUCGCCCCUGGAUGUGCGUGCGGCUUAGAGUGCCCUGGUUCUCAAAUGGAGAUCCACCAGCACCAUAUCACUGCGCAUGAACGCGACUGCCUCUUGGCCCCAUCCACACACUGCAUCAACAGUGGGUUGCUCGCCAGCGGCAUUUGGGGAAGGCAACGACCCUUACACGAGCAGCUCAACAAGCUCUGGGGGAUGAUCAAGCAUCAACAUUCCAUUAACGAUAAAACCUUUGUCCAUCUAGCCGAGAUCUCGGUUCCAGUUGAAACUAACCAAAAGUCUGGCGAAGCAUAUCCUGGAAAUGCUACUCUAAUGAAUGCAUUCAAACCAGGCGGCGAAUUAUCUAAGCACUUGAAAGUAGCUGAUCCUACUCGUGUACAUGAGCUGCUGCCAGAGGGUCUGCCCGACGACGUCGCGACGGGGGGCACGUACUACGAACUCAAGAAGGAUAGUGAAAAAUACUUCCCGUUCUGGGGCCGGGACACGCUUCUCUAUUACGAAUCGAAAAAAACGCUGUCCGUUGUUUAUGGGAAAUGCCCCAUAACAGGAGUGGGCGGACGAAAGACGAAAAGAACCACUCGGCUCCUUGUGCUACACCACAUCACAGUCGAUAAAAAUAAGGAAUGCUUUGUUGGCUUCAUCAACGACAAUGUGAACAGGGGCCUCGGCAGCACCGACGCCCCGGAUCCGUUUGCCUAG